CAGCGCAACGCAUCGCAUCACCAUUUCCUCUCUUUUGCUUUCUCCCCUUGCAAGAUAAGGUUGAAGGAGAGGACGUGCGAACUUGCGGAGUCGGAGGUGGAGGAAACUCUAGAUCGUGAAGUUCGAGGCGAUAAGAGGAUAUAAAAUAUAUGGUUGAACUGGGGGAUGAUCAGAAUGGUAGCUAGUCUUCAUUAGAUGACAUUGUUAUAGAGUUAUGAAACUGGAAAAAAAAAGUUGAAAACUUGAAAUGAUGUUUAAAGUUGGUGGGAUCAUUGGGAAUGUUGUGGUUGCUCCGGAGAAUGUGUUCUGCAUGUUUGGGAAGAUUUCUGUUGGUGUUCAAAAAUGGUUUCUUUUAUCGUUCCGCAAGUUUGGUGGUUCUUUUUGGACUCACGGAGAUGGCCUUGGAUGCCUGGUUUUGUUGUGGACAGGGAGGAUUGUUUCAGUGGUGGUGUGGGUGGUGGUUAAGGUGGUAGUGGUGGUGGUGAUUUUGUGUACCAACAAGAGCCAUUGAAUUUGAAGGUCUGAAGAUGAGCGAAGGCAGCCGUAGCCCACCUAGAGAUCGCAGAAUCCGCACAGAACGUACCUCAUAUCGUGAUGCUCCAUAUAAAAGGGAUUUCCCUCGUGCCUCAAGGUAUGAUUUGUGCAAGAACUGCAAGCGGCCAGGCCACUAUGCUAGAGAAUGUCCAAAUGCAGCUGUCUGUAAUAACUGUGGCCUACCAGGACAUAUUGCGUCAGAAUGCACAACAAAGGCAUUGUGUUGGAAUUGCAAAGAACCUGGACAUUUAGCAAGCAAUUGUCCCAACGAGGGCAUCUGCCACACAUGCGGCAAGUCUGGUCACUUGGCGAGGGAUUGCUCCAUGCCACAGCUGCCUCCUGGUGACCUGAGGCUCUGUAAUAAUUGCUACAAACAGGGACACCUCGCAGCAGACUGCACGAAUGAGAAAGCAUGCAACAAUUGCAGGAAAACAGGGCACCUUGCUCGUGAUUGCCCAAACGAACCAGUCUGCAAUCUCUGCAAUGUCGCAGGGCAUGUGGCCAGGCAAUGCCCAAAGUCAGGAACACUUGGUGGCUUCGGUGGCAGCUUCAGUGGCGGUGGUAGCUUGGGUGGCAGCUUCAGUGGUGGCGGCUUGGGUGGCGGUUUCCGUGGUGGAUUCCGAGAUGUCAUCUGUCGGACCUGCAACCAGGUUGGCCACAUGAGUCGAGACUGCAUGGGUCCUCUGAUGAUCUGCCACAACUGCGGUGGGAGGGGGCACAUGGCCUACGAGUGCCCGUCAGGAAGGUUCAUGGACCGUGCUUUUCGAAGGUACUGAUUGAUAUACCAGUCAGCUUUUAUGCCUAGAAGAUGAGCUUUUCCAUAUCGCAAUGUCAGUAUCUUAGUCAACUUGCUCGAGACUAGUUGAUCGAAGAAACUUUAAUUUGCAGACUGUCGAUUUCAUUUCUGUGUUGACUGUACCAGAACAACGUAUCCUAUCAUUUACAUAUUUGAUGUGGAUUUCAUUUGUGUUC